CCCAAAACGGAUAGUUUCCCCGGCGUCGUAGCUGAAACUGACGUCCAUCCACAGCUUCACCCUAACCACAUCAAUAAUAUCAAACAUUGGCCAGAUAACAUCUCGCACAAAAGGGAGGGCCUCCUGUCUCUAUAUACUCCUCUUUAAAGUAUCCUACAUACUGAGUUGUCGCCGAGGCCAAUCCCCCUCCCGCAACCAUGGACAAAGUACAGGCCUUCGGGAAGAACAUCAGUGCGUCGUUUACCCCUUUCGCAGCUAGAACGCAGCAAUAUGUCAAGGAACAACUUGGCACCGCCGAUGAGAAGACACAACUUCCCGAUGAUUAUAUCGAGCUCGAGAAGCGUGUGGAUGCGCUGAAGCUGGUCCAUCAGAAGCUCCUGCAGGUUACCUCCCAAUACUCCAAUGAGCCUUAUGAUUACCCUCCCAACAUUCGAGAGUCAUUCAACGACCUUGGCCGCACCAUCAGCGAGAAAGUCCAGCUCCUAUCCCAUGCUACCUCCCCCGCCGAAGCCCAGGCGGCUCUCACGGCGCCUCCAUCCGCCAAGCCCCAGCCAAAAACGUUCAGCCAUGCCAUUGCCCGUGCCUCCCUGGCUGGUUCGCAGUUAAUCAGCCAGACCCACCCUAGUGGUUCAGAGGACCCUCUCGCCAUCGGCUUGGAAAAGUAUGCUCUGGCCGCUGAACGGGUUGGUGAGGCACGGCUUGCCCAGGAUGCUCAGAUCCAGAGCCGAUUCUUGGCCGGCUGGAACACCACGUUGAACACCAACCUGAUGUUCGCCGCCAAGGCCCGCAGGAACGUCGAAAAUGCGAGAUUGAUGCUUGAUUCGAUUAAGGCUAGGAAGGGUGUCUCGAAGGGAGAUUUGGACAGCCUCAGCGAGGAAGAUCGGGCUGAGAUUGAGCAAGCUGAAGAUGAGUUUGUGGGCCAGACUGAGGAGGCUGUUGGCGUGAUGAAGAAUGUUUUGGAUACGCCCGAGCCACUCCGGAAUUUGGCAGAUCUGAUCGCGGCUCAGCUGGAGUACCACAAGAGAUCUUACGAGAUCCUCAGCGAGCUUGCCCCAGUUGUUGAUGGGUUGCAAGUCGAACAAGAGGCUAGCUACCGCAAAAGCCGAGAAGGAGCGUAAACCUCCCGAAGAAGGCUGGAUCUCUCAAACAGCUCCCACUCCUGUCCGUUCUGAAAUUUCCAAUUUGAUAUUCAAGAUACUUUCCUCCAUAUUAGGUUAGACAUUUCAACUUGAUAGUCGAUCGACAGAGGAAUCUUUCAGACUUGCAUAAGAAGGGGUAUCCGCCUCAAUUUCUCUCCAAUUGGAAAUCCCUCGCACACCACUCAAUUUCUCAUAACCUCAACGGGUUCCCCUGCCCAGCGAGUUAACGGUUUUGGAAUCUGUGUCUGUGUCUUUACUCCCUUGUUCCUUUUCCGUUUCAUACUAUUUUCCUUCUCUCAAGCUGUUGCCGGUCGACCUAUGGGGGUAUCAGACGGUUUUUGUUUUCUUUCCUUUUUUGUCCUUUAUUCCUUUUGUUUUUUUCGUUGUAUAAGUGAGUGUCCUACCCCUAUGUAUAUCCAGCUUCCUGUUUCCCUCUUUCCCAUUUCUUUGUCUUGGUUUCAUCUAUUUAUUCUUAUGUUGCUUCUCCUCAAUUUUAACACUUGCCUUGCCGAUUUCGGCUCUCUUUUCUUUUUUUGACUCGUGCCCUGUAAUGCUACCAUGGCUGUGAAACUUAUUUAUUCUCCCCAUCUGCGCGUUAUUAGUAUGCUCUCUUGUAAAUUCGUCCUGUCAACUUGUAAGGGGGGGUUAUCGCCCUUAUACUAUCUAUCCACUUCCAACGUGGCAAUUCUACUCAAAAGCACAGAGAAGCGUUGAACCCGUUCUCUCGGAAGAAUAUCCUUCCUAUCACUCCGUGCGGAUGACACGCGCUGUUUGUGGCCUGGUGUCCUAUAUACAGGUGAUACCUAGACUAUUAUGAGCAUCAUAGGCCGGCUUUCCUAAAGGGUGACGCAUGCUCGGAGCGCAGAGUUGCUCACCAUUCUGCACAGGAUAUCUAAUAUUCCCAUAAUAUCCCUCAUUUGAAUUAAUCUCCAAGCUUAAGCUAACAGUUUACCGCGCUGUGCAAGAUACAUAUUACUCUCAGCCCGGCUCAUUAUAAUAAUAGAGACAUUACAACCCGAGAUGGCAUUAAAAAUCGCAGACUGCGUCUGGGUCCGACACGCGAGGCCACAUACCACUAUACCAAGAUAUAUUCGAAACCCCGAUAAAGAAUCCCCCAGACGAGGUGACAUCGAUCGUCCAGCUGUUCCUCGAGUUAAACGCACCCAACCGCACCAAGGAGCUUAUCGUCAAGCUGCUUCAGGGGCACUCGGGCCAGGCCUGUUCUCCGGAGAGGGUUAUCGGGAGGACACACAAAUACUCUGUUCGGGUACGGGUUCCCCUUGCGGGGAUUUGACCUGAUUACGAUUUCGUCCGGCCGAAUUUGGUGGUCGUCGGAAAGCAAGCGAUAUUGAUUCAACGACGUGACGGAUCCCAUAAAGAGGAAUCCUCUAUCGUGGUCUUUGGGCCACAAUGGUGCCCAUUGCAUGCCAUUUUUGGGGUCAUCUCUCACUCCCUCGGCGACCAGAUCAAGAAUCAUGCAGUGCUGAAGGCGGUCGGCUUUGUUUAAGUCAUUCUCCAGUAUCAAAUAAUCCCCUUUACCCUUUUCGCUUUUAAACCGUGCGUCGAACUUAUAGAUGGCCUCCUCGAUGUCGCAUAGCAGAUCGACAUGUACCAUGCUUGGAGUACAGCUGCUGUUCUCUUUCAAACUAAACUCGUCCCCGAAACUUUGACAGUGAAGCCUUCGCCGACUCCAAUAUCCGCGCCAACUGAGCCACCGAUUUUCCAUCCCACGCUGUUCGUGUAGGUGUCGAGAAAAGUCACGGUUCUCGAGAUCUUGCAAGCCUGCCCCUUGCCACAGACAAUUGUUUUCUCCAAGCCUAUCACAUCAGAGAGCACAGGCUUGCACGUCAUGAUUCUGGGAUAUGUGAUGUCUAGCCCCCAGUACUUGAAGUACAACCCUGGUCCUGUUGUCUCGUUUUUGGCCAUCCUCUCUACCCUGAAGUAUUUCAUUAUCGCCAAAGGGGUGAUCAUUUUCGGCAUGCGAGAAAGAUAGCGCUCUUCAACUACACGCCUCAGAUCCGAAGGCGUAUCGUCCACCGAGUCCCUUGGAUCCCAGGAGUGCAAUUCUGCUGCUCCUUGGAUCUUUCCACUCCCAAAACGUUAGCUGUAGAAGCAGGUAAAGCGGAAUAAUUUGGGAGUAGUUAUCACCUUCUCAUCCACAAGCAUCGCAGAGCCAGACACUGCCCAGAGAGCAACGCCCAGCCAAACGAGAGUAUAUCCCAGCAUGUCUAGUAACAAUAAUUAAUAUCGUUGCAGAGGGUUAUUGUACCAAAAGAAUAAAAGAAUGAUUUGCCUAUUUACUGAAAGACUUGUUCGUAUCGUGGUUAGGGCAACAGACCGAUAUAUAUAUUCUAUUUCAAUUCCCCACCCCUACCCCCUCCGCGCUCGAGCUCCUUUUUUCCCCUCUGCCACUCAGAAUAUUGCCAGUCCAGAAUAUAAGAAACUGACGAUCGAACAGAAUAGGGAAAAAGGCAACCAGCCACAACGGAGCAGAGCUGCAUCAAUUCCUACAGGGAGAUAACAUGGCUCAAAAUUGGGCACCAUCUUUGGAUGCUAUGAUGCCUUUCCCACACCUGAAAAUAUGAAAUUUGAACCGUCUCGAUUGGUUAAAUAGAUAUAGCGCAAGAGUUAUUGUUAUUAUUUUCUUAAACAAGGUUCGUGAAAAGGAUCAAAUUAGAGCAUCCUUGCUUGCUGCAUAUGAAUCACACCAAUAUUUACAAUCAGAUCGGUUUAUUGGCUCAACGAGUUAAGGAUUUACAUGACGUUCUGCUUAGAUAGAAUCAAAAAAUUGGACACUCGGCCAGGUCAGAGGGUGGUCCUAGAUCAAUCUACAAGGAGAUUUUCCCAAUAUUUUUGCACUCAUCCUGACUUACAUUUUAUAUUUUGGUCCGAUUGUCGUCCCAGUUUUCCCCUUUCCCUUCUCGUGCGCCUUUCUUUCUUUUCCAAAGAGUAACAACAAUGAAUAAAU